UUCUUUUUGAAACUACCGUCGCUGCCCCACCCGCCGCCUUCCGCUGGUCGACCCAAUCCCGGCGGCGAAGAACUCCAAGCCGUUCACCGCCACCGUGUCCUCCACUGGCUUCAGCAGCCGCGCCGACAGCUCGCAGUCCUCCGCCUCCGGACACGAGGGCCAGUUCCGGAGCUCCGCCUCGAGGGCGGCGGGUUACCCACAAUUCAUGACUUGAAUCAUGAACUGAGUUGUGGUUUGUACAGGGGACUUCAUCGAAGUCUCGGCGCCGCAAGUAAUUCCAAUUCGUUACGUGCUCGCAGUCCUCUGCUCGUCUUCUCUCCCAUCGAUGAUCUGCUGCUCCUGCUGAUAUCUACCCAUAUCACUGUCUCCGUUCUCAUAACAAGAGACAUGUACGAGAUCCCACAGAACAACCAACAGCCAUUGUUAUCCCCUGAGAACUCCGUUCAUGACUCUCCAAGGCCUCCUCCGAGCGCUUGGCGGCGCUCGGUGCCUCGCCCGAGGGAAACUCGCCCACAGCAAACUGAUCGUCUCAGCUUUCCUUCCCGAUAUCAUCGUUAGCAACCGUGUCCUGAUAAUGUAUACCAAGCUCGGUCGCAUUGGUGAUGCUCGCACGGUGUUCGAUCAUAUGCCCCAUAAGAACGUCGUCUCAUGGACAAUCAUGAUAUCUGCGUAUUCCAGAUUAGGCCUUGCAGAUGAUGCUAUCGAUUCUGUUAGGUUGAUGGUGUCGACAGGUUUGGAUCCGAACCACUACACAUAUGUUGGUCUUCUUUUGGCUUGUGCCAGUGCUGGUGCCGUCAGGAUCGGGAAGGAGAUCCAUGGACGGAUUUAUCGGGUCGAGCUGGGUGCUAUGAGUGUUUUUGUUGAUAAUUCAUUGAUUAAUUUUUAUGCUAAGUGUCGCAUGAUGAUCCUUGCACAAAGGGUAUUUGAUGGCGCUACUCAUCGUAGUUUGGUUUCUUGGGGUUCAAUUCUUUCAGGCUAUGUCUAUUGUGGAGAAAAUGAGAAAGCUUUGAGGGUUUUCUCAUGGGCAAUGAAGGAGGGGGUUGAGGUUAAUGAGUUCAUGAUCACAAGCACCCUGAGCGCCUGUGCUGACCUGGGGGAUCCAAUGAUUGGGAAGAAACUGCAUUGCCUUGCUAUUAAGACUGGAAAUGGAUCUGACCAAUAUGUAGAAGCAGGCAUUGUUGAUAUGUACGCCAACUGCAGCAAGAUGGAUUUGGCUCACCAAACUUUUUCUGAGCUAGAGGAGCCAGGUUUGGCAACUUGGGCUGCACUGAUAGGGGGUUUCACAAAACAUGGUCAAGGGGAGAAAGCUUUGGUUCUCUUUAAAGAAUUGCUCCUUUCUGGGUUGAGACCCAAUGAGCACAUUUUUCCUACUGCACUUGUUGCGUGUUCAAGCACAGGUGCAGUUCAAGUAGGGAGGCAGAUCCACUCAUUAAUUGUAAAACAGGGUUUUAAAAUGUCUGCACAUAUUGGCAAUGCAGUAAUGGAAUUCUAUGCUAAAUGUGGAUUGAUCAAGGAAUCCUCCAAACUGUUUGAAUAUAUGGAAGAAAGAGAUAUAGUAUCAUGGAACUCCAUGGUUGACUGUUAUGUCAAACAAAGGGAUUUUGAAGGAGCAAGAAACUGUCUGAAAAAGAUGUUGGUUGAAGGUGUAAAUCCAGAUCCGUACACCUAUUCAAGUAUUUUGAACCUUUGUGCUAAUUUACCAGGGUUAGGGUGGGGAUCUCAGACACACGGUAAGGUAAUUAAGUUUUCACUUGACAGUCAUGUAGUCGUGGGAAGUGCACUCAUUGAUAUGUAUGCAAAGUGUGGAAGAUUGAAAUAUGCUGAUAAAAUUUUCAAUAUAUUGGCAUUUAAAAACUUAGUCUCCUGGAAUAGCAUCCUUGUUGGGUAUGCACAACAUGGCUUUGGGAGAGAAGCACUGGACAUAUUUAGAAGGAUGCAAGAGGAAAAUGUCAAACCUAAUGACAUAACAUUCAUCGGAGUUCUAUCUGCUUGUAGUCAUGUGGGUCUAGUGGAAGAAGGUCAGUCUCAUUUUCAAAAUAUGAAGGAUUAUGACAUCACUCCAAAGAUUGAUCAUUUUGCAUGCAUGGUGGAUCUAUUUGCCAGAGCUGGUUUGAUAAAAAUGGCUUAUGACUUCAUAAGAAGUAUGCCCAUGGAACCAAAUAAGGUCAUAUGGCGCAGUCUUCUGUCUGGAUGUAAGACGUACGGAGACCUAGAGAUUGGGAUGUAUGCAGCUAAAUGCACUUUAGAGCUCGAUCCUCAAGACAUUGCAGCGCGUGUCAUGUUGUCUGGGGUUUGUGCAGACAUUGGUUUGUGGGAUGAAAAAGCAGGAUUGAGGGAGGUUGUUAAUCAAGGAUCGAAAAAAGUUCCAGGAUCCAGUUGGGUUUAAGGCAUUUGAAAUACUGGAACAAGUCAAAGUUGACUUUGCUAAACAUUUCGGAUCUCAUUUGGUCCUUUUGAAGUCCUGGCUGUGAGUUCUUUCCUAUGGUUCAUACUUCAGUUGCCAAGAUUAGGUCGUUCUGUGAUAAGACUGUCAUGUGGUCUGCACAAAUCUUUUCUUUUUUUCCUUCACAUUCCUUGGUUAUAUAUUUAUCAAUUAGCGCUGAGUUCUUUAGAGAAAUGAAGUCAGCAGAGACCUUGCAUAUGGAAUGGCAUUAAGAGGCCAUGUUAUUUAUCGACCAGGAAAUUUAUCCAUUAGCUCUCCAAAGUUUGAUGCAUUUGUUAUCUAACAAUGCAGUCAUUAAGUGGCUCAUAAUGUUGUCUUUGUUUGGUUGAUCAUAAGGCUUUGAUCGAUGUUCUCACUAAUCAGUCACAAGUUUUAUGCAAGUCUAAAAUUUAGAACUAUCAAAUCUGACUUAUGAAGGAGGAGAUGAUUGAAGCGUCGCAGAGUUCAUUUCCUGUUAAAUUCGCCGAUUGAUUUGAGGUUGCUGGUAGCUUGAUGAUGAAUUCUCCACCUGACAUGGUGCCACUUUCUCUUAUUAAUAGUUUUCUAUUGGGUUA